AUUCAAGUUCUGUUACCACUAUCCAAUAUACACUUCCACGGUAUUCCGAUGAAUGAUUUGGAUGAGCCGAUGAAUUCGGAUGUCGUGGACAUCCUCGAGCCCGCAGUAUCGUUCGUGCAUUACGCCGAAACCCAUCGUCAUCCUUUCCAGCCACUGCCCACAUCGACAGCGGAUUCGAGUUAUGAAUGUCCCAAGAUAACAAUCGUCGGUCAAGCCCAUGAUGAGGAACGUAGAGUCUUCGAAUGCACAAGAUGCACGUCUGGAGAGAUUGUGGGACUCACUGAAUCCCAACGGUCGGAGCUCUCUUGACCUGGAAGGGUUGAGAAUAGGUUUGAGGCGGAUUGAUCACCCUCUUAAAGAUGCGGACCAUGUCCUCGGAGAUGUUAUGAAGGAUGUCGACGCAGAUGGCGACGGUCGAAUCCAAUAUCCCGAAUUCCACGCCUUCAUGAAGCGGACGGAGAAAGAUUUGUGGGAUCUUUUCAUAAGCAUCGACCAUAAUUCGGACGGCAAGAUCGAUAAGAAUGAAUUGCGACAAGCCGCUGAAAGUGCCGGCUUGCAUCUCUCGAAUACCAAACUCGACCAAUUCUUUCGAGAGGUUGACACAAACAGCGACGGAGUAAUCAACUUCCAGGAAUGGCGAGACUUCCUAUUAUUUCUCCCCUCCGACUCACCGAACCUGCGCUCUGUUAUGUCGUACUUCUCGUCCACCGUUAAAGUCAACCCAGAAGGCGAUGUACAAAUCAGCGACUGGGCUAUGCACUCUCUAGGUACUAUAUCUGCAUUUCUUAAACCUGCUUUCGGUUCCCUUCUCCUCCUCGCCAACGUCGGGCAAACCCAUCUCUCCCGGACUGCCUCUGCCGCCACGCAACCCCACCACUUUGAUCGAUUAUCACACGAAAUCGACAGCGAUAUGGCCGCCCUAAUCGAAGACGAAGUGCACAAUCUCAUCGUCGACCUGCCACCGGCUUUGGAGCACCCUAGCACGGCAUCGUUGAAAUCAUGGCUGAUCGCAUGUGUGCCCACUCCAGGCUACUUCGUGGCCGGUGGCAUUGCAGGUAUCGUCUCACGAACAUCGACGGCUCCUCUCGAUCGCUUGAAGGUCUAUCUGAUUGCUAAGACCACGGUCUCCCCAACGAUCGAAGCGGCCAAAUCCGGAUCACUCCGCGCGACGUUGCGCAACGCAUGGAGGCCCCUUGCGGAGGCGUCGAAGGAGCUUUGGGCCGCUGGUGGAAUUCGCAGUCUCUUCGCUGGCAAUGGCAUCAACGUGGUCAAGAUCAUGCCCGAGUCAGCCAUCAAGUUUGGCGCAUACGAGGCCACGAAACGUACUCUAGCGAGGUUGCAAGGUCUUCAUGAUCCCACUCAACUAGGAUCAGGAUCUCAAUUCACAGCUGGUGGCAUUGCUGGCAUGGUUUCUCAAUUUGCGAUUUAUCCACUGGAUACUCUCAAAUUCCGCAUGCAGUGUGAGACCGUCGCCGGAGGACUUCGCGGGAACAAACUCAUCUUCGCGACCGCGAAGAAGAUGUGGGUGCAAAACGGGUUCCGCGCCUUCUAUCGCGGUCUCCCGAUGGGACUCGGUGGAAUGUUCCCCUACGCCGCUAUCGACCUCGGGACGUUCGAAUACCUGAAGCGACGCAUCAUCGCACGAAAUGCACGCGUGUAUAAAUGUUGUCGCACCGACAAAGCCGCGCAACCGGGCCCGUUCUCGACUGCGCUCAUCGGGGGGGUCAGCGGAGCGAGCGGAGCGAGCAUCGUCUACCCGCUCAAUGUGCUUCGCACGCGGCUGCAAAGCCAGGGGACGGUGCUGCAUCCGAGGACAUACAAAGGCAUUGUCGACGUGACGCGGCAAACGAUAGAGGGCGAAGGGCUGAGAGGGUUGUACCGAGGCCUCGCCCCAAAUCUAUUCAAAGUUGUCCCGGCAGUUUCGAUUACAUAUGUCGUAUAUGAGCAAUCCAAAGUGAUGCUCGAUUUAGAUUAAGGAAGGUUGAGGCCUUCCAUAGAAGGCACAAGAUCUUAUGCCCCCGAGGCAAAGGAAGCACGCUCGAUACAACUUGCCCCUUGACACGAGGUCUUACAUUAAGAUACCACAGCAGGCAUUGGGUUGGCGUUCUGGUUUGGAUCCCGCCGGCUUUGGGAUGUAUAAGCUUAGCAAGGCGUACCGGUUUCGGAAGGGGACUACAUGCGACAUGCGUAGACAUUACGAGCAACGCGAGAUCAACCACAACGGCUCAAUUUGCGAUUAAAAAAUCAAAUGCUAAAUCCUUUCGGCUC